AAUAAAUGCACACUCAUGGUCCCAGCACGGACACAGACUUGGGUUUUUUUUCUCGCUCGAGACUGUGCUUUGUAUAAAUGCAUGUAUAAAUGGUCAGAUGACAACAGUUAAAGAAAAAAUCCAUUGUCAUUCGAAAUCAAUAUCCAAUCUCGUGCGCGUAGUCGGGUUUCGGUGGGGAGAGCACGCGCUAACGUGUCCAAACUCUGGGAACGUUUUGUGCUGGAUCAUUCACAGUGGCUCAGAAGUCCAACGCUCGUGAGUCCGCGCGCUCUCAGGGAGAGUAAAAAAAAACCAAAAACAAUAAGCGCAACGAAGCCAAGAAGAGCGUCUGAGUUUCGCGCGAGCGGUUUUUUUUUUUAAGGCAAUCGAUGCUCACUGUCCGAGCUUUAUCCUGGUCAAGGUUACGGUUGAUCCAGAACCUCUCCCAGGAACACUGGGUGCAAGGCAGGAACACACCCCGGAUAGGACGUCUGUCCACUGCAGGGCAUCAUGUGUGGCAUUUACCUGAAGGUGGAACUCCAGAUGUUUGGGGAAGCUGCUGACUGGUGGAUGGUAUAUUGGUGGGUGGUUCAGCUGUGCAUAGUAGGUGUGUCAGUUGAAGGAAUCCCACCUUGGCCAUGCCCUCAGAAUUGUGAGUGCUUACAUGAGCCUCUCAAGGUCAACUGCUCCUCAUGUCACUUAAACUCUGUACCGGAGGGUAUCCAUAAGAACACACAAAGCCUCAGUUUGGCCAAUAAUCUACUGAAGACACUUGAAAAACAUCAGUUCUCUGAACUGGAACAGCUUCAGGAACUGGAUUUGAGUGAAAACAUGCUGACAGUGAUUGAAGUGCAAGCAUUUUCUGGCCUGCAAAACCUUCUCAUUCUGAGGAUUUCCCAAAAUCGGCUUAAGGUCAUUCUGGUCGGAGUGUUCUCUGGACUUCAGAGUCUCCGUCUGCUGGACAUUAGCAAGAAUGAAAUCCUUGUCUUUCUCAAUGACAUGUUUUAUGAGAUGCCAUCUCUACAGAAGUUGGAAGUUAACGAGAAUGAUCUUGUGUUCAUCUCAAACCGUGCCUUCAGUGGCUUACUAUACCUUCAGGAACUUAACUUAGAUGGCUAUAACCUUACUUCAGUCCCAACUGAGGCACUGUCACAGCUUCCCAGGUUGGUGAGGCUGAGUUUCUGUCACACUGGUCUCACAGUGCUACCCAACAAUUCGUUUAGGCAGCUGACUCAGCUCAGGGAGCUGACAUUGUCCCAUUGGCACAGGCUGGAUACACUAUUACCUAAUAGUUUGACUGGACUUAACCUCACCUCUCUGACACUCAGCUACUGCAACCUGAGUUCUGUGCCCUAUGCUUCUUUGCACCAUCUGGUCUAUCUGCUCUACUUGGACCUGUCCUACAACCCUAUCACCUCCAUCCAGCCACAUCUGCUCAGAGACCUUCUACAGCUGCAAGAGUUCCAUUUGGUUGGUGGGAAUCUGAAGAAGGUGGAUCCGGGUGCUUUCCAUGGCCUUGUUCAUAUUCAGCUAUUCAAUGUAUCAUUAAAUCAACUGUCAACACUGGAAGAGACUGUGUUCCAAUCAGUAGGGACACUUCAGGUACUUCGGCUGGAUGGGAACCCACUUGCUUGCGACUGCCGACUAUUUUGGGUGCUGCAACGUCAUCUGCAUCUAAACAUUGAUGGGCAGGCACCCAGUUGUGCCUCACCUGUACAGGUGCAGGGUAGAACAUUCCAGGAGUUCAUGGAGUCUGAGCUUCCAGUGUUGUUUAUUUGUAGAUCAGCACGUAUUCUAAACCGCAAGCCACAGGAGGUGAGUGUGGACGAGGGCCAAACAGUCCUGUUCCUUUGUCAAGUGGAUGGAGACCCUUCCCCCUCUGUCAUCUGGGUGAGCCCUCAGCGGACGCUUCUGCCCACCACAGGUCGGAUCCGUGUGCUGUCCAAUGGAACCCUUGAGGUGCGUUAUGUACAAGUGCAAGACAGUGGCAUCUACUAUUGCUUUGCAUCUAAUGUGGCCGGGAAUGACAGUAUUUCUGUCAGUCUGCGGGUGCGAAGUUUUGUCACUUCCUCAUCUCGGAACCGCUCUGCCCACUUCUUUCUUGAUGGCUGGAGUUUUACAUCUACCCAUCCACCAGUAAACGGCUCGUACGAUUCUCAGCCAUUUCCAUUUGACUUGAAGACGCUGUUAGUUGCAGUAACAAUGGGCUUCCUGUCAUUCCUGAGCUCUGUGGCAGUUUGCUUUAUAUUCAUGUUCUUCUGGAGUCAGAGCAGAGGGCAGAUCAAACACACAGCCACAAUUGACUUUGUACCUCACAGAACAGGAGCAGGAUCUGGGGGAGGACGGACCAGAAUGGAGACUGGCAGAUUUACCAUGAAGCUCAUCUGAUGCCUGAAGCUAGAACAAAACUGCCUGAUGAAGCGUAUAAGAGAUGCACAAAAACUUUCAUAUGAAUGCAUAAAGCCAUAUUAAGAGGGAAAUAUGGUCUUCAGAUGUUGGUCUACACCAAUAUUGAUUGCGAAGUUAUGCAUAAGGUUUCACUGGAACAUGCAUUAGCUAAUGCUGUCAGUGAUGAUGAUUUCCAAUGAGCAAAAUGACAAAUGCAUAAAGUUUUUCUAUGAUAGUACUAAGUUGUUCUGAAAUAUAUGGGGCUUUUGGUAGUGUUUAAAGUUCUAAAAAUGACAGCAAUGCAAGAAAAACUAAGAUUUAUCACAGAUAGCAGACUGGAGAGUGUAUUACGGGUAUAAUUAGACAGGUAUUCAUGAUUGUUCACUGAGCACUGAACUGCUUUUCAGGGAAUGCAUGAGCAUAUGUGAUUAUUCAAAAUGGAUUAUCUAUAUCAGAACUUCCUGUGAAUGAAGCAAUGAUCAUAAGUACAAGCUGCUGAUCUCAUUCUUCAUUGUACACAGCAUGAGAGCAUGUGAGGAGAGCUUAGAUUUACAACAAUUAAGUGUGGUAUAACAAGAUAGCUGAAUAUGUAUGAAUUUACAGACAUGCAUGUCUUUAUUUUAUGAAUUGCUUAUAUGUACAGUAUAGAAGACACCAUAUCAUAUUAUUACAUGCCAUUUAAUAUAUGUUAAACAUAAUAUAUAAAAUGUAGCUCCAGAAUAAAUUCCCUAUGCAGAUGAUAGAAAGCUAUCACCAAAUUUCCCCAUGAUUGGGUUAUGAUUGUACGUUGUCUGUCCAGCACUGUAAACUGAAUGAAUAACAACUUUCAUAGUCAGUGUAUAUUAUUUAAGAUAAUAAAUGAAAAAGCUGCAUUUUGCUUUUGUGCUCUAAAUGUACGGAUCUCCCUACUACAAGAAAUUUAUCAAGCACACUGUAUGAGCAAUUUUAAGACAGUGCACAAAACAAUCAUUUUGUAGUUUUGUUUUUCUAUGAAUUAUAGUAUGUUUAUUUUAUUUUUAUUAAUGGUAUUGAUCUAGUAUUUAUGACUUGUAUACAUCCAUCCAUCCAUUUUCUGUACCGCUUAUCCUACACAGGGUCACGGGGAGCCUGGAGCCUAUCCCAGGAGAUUCGGGGCACAAGGCGGUGGACUCCCUGGACUGGGUGCCAACCCAUCGCAGGGCACAAUCGCACGCACACACACCCAUUCACACACUACAGACAGUUUGGAAAUGCCAGUCAGCCUACAACGCAUGUCUUUGGACUGGGGGAGGAAACCGGAUUACCUGGAAGAAACCCCUGAAGCAUGGGGAGAACAUGCAAACUCCACGCACACAGGGCGGAGACAGGAUUCGAACCACGAACCCUGGAGGUGCGAGACAAACAUGCUACAACAUGCAAGGUUCUGUUGAUGUAUUUGAAUUUCAAUGUUUAGUUUAAUAUUAUGUAAAGAAUUUUGAGAUUCACAUUUAUUUAUUUAUUUAUUUACUUACUUACUUACUUACUUACUUAUUUAUUUCAAUGAUGCCAGAACCUGACUUCUGACUGUUAAUGCAGUUUCCUGAAAAGUAUAUAUAUAUAUAUAUAUAUAUAUAUAUAUAUACAAUUAGGGCUCGGACUAUUAGAGAGUUAAAAGUCUAUACCGCUUUCGUCUAAUAUAAUUUAACUUACUAAUGCUAUUACUCCUUAUUAGGAGUAUUUAUACUUAGAUAAUAUUGGCUAUUCUAUUUUUUUUUUUAAGUUGGUUGGAUAAACACUGUUUAACACUGGUUAUGUAAUUACAGUUUCAUUUUCAAGGUUAAAAGCAAUGCACAGAAAAAUUUUAAUAAUGACCUACACAUUAGUUAAUGACCUUCAAAACACAGUAGGCAAAUCUAAUUGCAAUUAAAAUAUAGUUUUGCAUAUAUUAAAAAGAGCCAUAUGUAGCAACUACAUGUUAGUAAACUUAGUUUAUAAAACAAGCUUUGAAAGUUUGUUUGCAUUUGUUUUUAUUUCUAUUUUUUAGUGCUAGAUAGUGAAACUACGAGAAUAUUUCAUAUAAUAUAUGUUUUUCUAUAUGCACAUUUAAAUACAAUGGGGAUAAAUACAAAUCCACAACACCUCCACCAGUUCUGAGAACUACAUAAACUAUCAAUCAUUAAGUCCUGAUGUAUUGUUCUGGAUGUUAGUUACUCAUCUUAGCAGUAGCAGAGGAAAUUAAGCUUCUCAUUACAGUCUCUGUUCUCCCAAACAUGUCUUUUGGUGUUAUGAGCUCCACAGUGGUAGCAUGGAACUGGCAGCGAAACCAGUUUCCCCAGUGGCUCCUUGCUCACCCAAAGCCAUUUUCCAUCCAGGAAGUGCAGGUCAGACCACACUGUCUGUUUGGGUCUGAUUUGUCUCCAUUUCAGCCAAUUGUAGUUGUGUCUUAGAGGCCGGGGAAGCUAGGCCAGUGUAGUUCAUCCUGCAAUACUCAUGAGCUUCUUCCCAUGUCUUUUUUUUCCAUUACCAAGAUUAAAAUCCUGUAAAAAUAGAAAGGAUUGGCUUCCCAACAGUAAUGAUCAUUCCAGCCAUUGAGGAUAAAACUUCCACACAAUUCUGCUUUCCAGACAAAUUAUUAGGUUGCAAAUAGUUUCACCGGAAAAAAGAACUUGGUGGUCCACCUUCCCAUGGCCAGAUGUUUGAAUUUAACCUUGCCUCUGUACAUCUCAAUCCAGGCUCUAAAUAAGUUUCCUGCAGCCACUUUGAACCUCUAGUUUUCUACAUCAGUAGUGAUUGUAGCCAGAUCUCUGUUGUUUUGUGUGAAGAAUUUCUGACCAUCAGUCCAAUUUAUUUAUUGGACUGCCAGCCCAAAAAUGACAGCCAGAAUUAAAAAAAGAAGGCUGAUUUCAUCUCUGCUAUGUUUCUGAGCUCUGUGAAUCGUUGCCCUCAAUCUCAGUUUAUACCUAUUGCUUUUACAUGUCAUUUACAUAAACUCAAUGGGCAAAUGUUUAAAGACUUUAACCCUUAACUGGUUAUGUGAAGUUAUUUUCCACUAGUAAUGUUUCCAUUACUGUCAGUGUGGUAUAUUUAAAUAUGUAUCACUUGUUAAGGAAGUAAAGUAUUCAGAAACUCUACUGAAUGAGAACUACAGAGUUCCUGGAUGACCUCCUUGCUUGUUUUUCCAUUGCACUGCAGCAGCUCUGUGCAUUAACAGUGAUGAAGUAUACACUGUAUUCCUAAAAAUCAAGUUGCCCUCACCUGCUCUUUCUCCUAACUGAUUAUUCCAGAAAAUGCAUAAAACUUCUAUAUAAGUGUUAGAUGAUCAGCUAUCAUUCUUAGCUCAUGCUGCAAGCCUUACUCAUUCAGGUUUCUCAUGUACAU